GCAAGCAGGCAAUGGGGGUUAGACUGAUCAGGUUAAUAGCACAAGACAAACCUAGGUGCAGUUCUACCACCCAUAUUCAGGAUGAAGGAGAGUGGACAUCAUUUACUGGAAUUAACAGAUGACGUUAGUUCCUUUAGAGAUUAGUCAAAUGUCUCAGGUUUUCUGCCUUUUUGGGAGGCACAAUGUGACACUUUGAAAAAUUCUAAUCUGAGCGAAUACAUUUGAAACUGGAGGUGAACAUUUUUUAAAUACCCUCCUUGAAACUCUACAAUGUUAACAUUCAAUUUAGAGAAUUUUUCCAGUUGAGAUAAAACUGGUACAGCAAUCACAAAAAAAUAAAAUAAUUAUGGAAAGAUGGCUGAAUGAUAAAAACAAUAAUUUUUUCAGCCAGUGUGUGUUUUUGCAAUAAUGUAACAGUAGUCCAAUGCUGCUUGCAUGAUAUAAGAGCAAUACACUAAGUGAUGCAUGCUUCAGGUAACAAAAUCCAGGCAAUCUUCAAAGAAUAUUUUGUGAUUCCGGUAACCAUGCAUCUUCCUUGCAACUACAGACAUGUUGUGACAAUAGAUUUCCCCAUACAUGCACACACACAUCUCACAUGCACACACACAUACAGUAGCUUGUCCUCUUCCUACAAAAUGUGUGGUGUUAUCAUUUAUUAACUACACAUAUUAUGGGAGUUAAUCAAUAACUACGCAAAAAAUCAAUCAUGAUGCCAUUGAUUCUUAUGUGUUUACGGUGUGUCUUACAAACAGGUGAUUACAGUCUGCAAAAAUGAGAAUUAACAAAAUUCUUCAGCCCAACAACCCCCCACCAAAAAAAAAAAUUCCUGGAUCCGCCCUUGAAUCCGAGGGCAAUCUAUUUAAGUGGUGGCACGUUGUAUUGUGAAACACUUGCAAUGAGGCCUUAUAUUCCAGUCAUCAUCGAUUUCCACGGCACAGCGUCAAAGUGGCAGAGGAAAGCCCAAGUUAGUUUCCUUCAGUGAAUGUAAAGAGAGCGCUGAGACUCAACGGUAGUUUAGCAAUUUGGCCAGUCUCACUGGAAAUGACAAAAUGGCUAAUGUCUGGAACAUUGUUUCUGUUGGCCUGUCCAUUAUUUCACUGUUUCUUCUUGGAAACUUCAAUGCAAUUUUGUCUACUACGGAAAGAGGCACACCCUGUCCAGCUGAUUGGAUGAACUGGGAAAGUUUCUGCUACUAUCAAAUGUCUGAAUGGAUGACGUGGUUUGCUGCGGACACAGCCUGCAAGGAACUCGGGGGGCUGAUCGUCGUUCCCCAAUCUCCAGAGGAAAACUCCUUCUUGAGGGGGUUUGGGAUCAAAUAUAUCUGGCUUGGCUGUUACGACUGGCAGGAGGAGGGGCAAUGGGUGUGCCUUGAAGGGUGCGGCUUCAUGGAGUGGGCCAAUCAGGGACCGGACAACUGGCAGGGCAACCAGCACUGUGCCACAAUGACGGGGGAUGUUCAACAUCUGUGGGAUGAUUGGUCCUGUGAAUUGCGUGCUGCCGUGAUCUGUAAGAAGCCCGCGACGGUGGAGGCCAAGAAAGAACAGCAGUGCACCGAUGGCACCUACUGUCUCGUAAUGGGCCAGGACGGCCUUCUGAUAUCCAACCACUGCCUCUUUGGCUUCACCCUGAGGGAGAUGACCACAACCAGCAUCAGUCAGUGCGGUCAAGAAUGCAUCAAGGACUCCUGUUGCCAUUCCUUCAACAUACACCGGAACCAGACGACCAAUCAGACGAUGUGCCACCUCAACUAUGCCAUCCGGGCACAGGUUAAUGAGGACAGAUUUAUCCAGUCUGACAACUGCAGGUACUUUGAAACUCUGUGUUAAGCAGCAUGGGCUGAUUAUAGAGCACACAUAGAGAAAGGCAUCUCUCUGAUGAACAUGGACAAGACUGUUUGGGGUUAAACUAAUCAACCAGAAGAUGAUUGAGAACUGUAAAACUUCAGCAUACUUGAGAAAUUGUAUCUCAUUGUGAGAAACAAGAUUAGUGCAACCUAUUCAGGGUAACUUUGAUGAAUUCUUCUCAGACACAAUUUUUUGCUCCAAUACACUUUACUUCAUGUAUGAAAAUUGUUUGAUAUCCCCUUUUGGUUAAAUGUAUUGAAAAGUGCUUUCCUGGACAACUAACAGUGUUCUUCCUGUAAUGUCAUUCAGGGAGGGCAUAGUUCAGUGCAUAGGUCUUUCUGUUCAAAUUGUGAACCCACAAUUUAUUUAAAGCAAACAGUUCAGAGAAAGGGUUCCUAAGUGGCUUACUGCUGUAGGCUUACAUGUCAAUGACACACCAAAGAAAACAAGGGCCAGCAAAACAUGACAAUCCAGCAGUUUUUUGUGCACAAACAAAUGUAACACUGCAGACUUCUUCCUGAGAUGACAUCACAGUUUUCCUCACAAAUAUGGACAUACUCAUUAGCAUUGAAACCAAACAGACAACAAAAGACCACUUGAAAUACUGAAACAAAAAUUUCAUGUGAGACACAAAGGUGCAUCUUCAAAGGUUUGUAGUUUAAAAAUGGCAUGGGAGAGACCCUUGAUUAUGCACCUGAUGAAACCCUGACAGUUGUUACGGGAACGAUAAGCAUAUAUAAAAUUGUUAUUUGCCAAGUGGGUUCAAUAGCCUACACUCGAGAGAAUUAUUCCAAAAUCUCCACUCAAAAUAUUACAACUCGCCAAUAAAAAUGAAGAGUUCUCAACAGUUGUGUUAGGAAAGUUGGUGCUAUAAGUUAUAGCACUUUUAGAAGUUAGUAGAUUAGCACGUUUCAAAAACUAAUUCAUAGUGUCACACAAAAUACAUGUAUAUAUAUAUAUAUGUAUAUAUAGGUUACAGAAAAAAAUCUGACAGUACAAAACAACAGACAACUCAAUUCAGAAAAUGGUCAAUUAAAUUAGACAAGAUUUCAACAGUAUCUGGCAAGGAUCAAGUAUGAGGUUUUAACUUUGAAAUAUAUUGACAAUUAAACAAAAUUCAUCCCCUUUUCUUUCAAGAAUUUUUUCUAUUUACCGUUAUGCUUAAUUUGUCUAACUUAUUAUUACAACCAAAAGAAAUUAAGAAAUUUUUUUUUAAAACAGAAAACACUGUAAAACGUGUCUCUCUAGCUCCAGCGUGGUUCAUUGCUUCACCAUUUUCGUCCACAACUGCAUCUACAGUGUAUGUGUAUAAUAUAAAAAGAGAUUAUGGAGUUACUGAUGACCUCAUACAGAACUGUGACAUCACACCCAUCUGU